AUGCGAUUAUAUAUCAUCAACUCGACGGAGCUGAUUCCAGCCGUCCAGCGACAGGUUCGAAUACUAGACUUUGCUCCACUGGAAGCGAAAGCCGCUAUGAAUGUUAUGGGCGCCAGUCCCAAGGCUAGAGAGAUAUUAGUCAAAGAAGUGGAGGGAGUAGGCAAAUUCAGUUAUCCUAUCUUGUUUGACAAGGCUAUACACCCAACAGUCACUCCAGGUCCAAAGCUAGAUGAUAUAAACAGGCUGUCUGUGCAAAAGGUGGCAGAAAUCAUUGAAACGCUUGCAUCGCAGGCACCAAGAGCAUUGAAGCUUAAGUUUGAGCCAGGCAUCAUUACAUUACUAUUGGGCUUUUUCCCGAGUCUACUAGCAAAGGAGAGUCUGCAAGCACGGGAACAUAUUGUUGAUGCAUUCAACGAUUAUUUUGUCUCCCGUGGACAUGAAGAGGGUUCGGCUUUUGUUAAAGCCCAUUACCAACACAAGAUUGACCAAGGGAUUACUGGGAGAGACAUUGCCAGCUUCGAGAUUGGUGGUGUAGUUGCCAUCAUGUCUAACACGAUUCCCACCGCUUUCUGGGUGUUAUAUCACACUAUAUCAGACAGAGAUAUUCUAUCUGAGUGUAGAAAAGAGGUUAUCGCAUGUUGCGAAAUAAGUGGCGAUACUUGUACGCUUGAUAUAACUCAAGUUAAAGCAUCCUGUUCGAUCUUGCUGUCUAUUCUGAAAGAGGUAUUGCGUUACCAUGGAAUCGGGACCUCCAUUCGUAUUGCAACAGAGGAUCACCUACUUGAUGGAAAACAUCUUCUCAAGAAGGGCGGCAUAGUCAUGAUUCCAGGAAUUGUGCAACAUACUUCUAUACCAGUCUACGGAGACAGUGUCAACGAAUUUCAACAUAGGCGCUUCGUUGGAUCUCCUCAACGUAAACGACUAAACGCAUUAGCAUUCCGAGGUUUUGGAGGGGGCACCACGCUUUGCCCUGGUCGGCACUUUGCUAGCACUGAAAUUCUCGCUUUUGUGGCCCUGGCAAUUGUUCGAUUUGAUUUUGAGUCAACUCAAGAUGACUGGAUCUUCCCAACAACAUUGAAUGCGAAUAUGGCAGGCUCUGUCGCCCAGCCUGACCAUGAUGUGGAGGUUAGAGUUUCUCUCACUACUAGUGGGUUGGCAGGCAAAACAUGGAAUGUUGUACUGUCAGGGUCGAGUGAAGGGGUUCGGAUUUUGGAUGAGGACAUCCGUUAA